AUUUGAAGAAAAUGUUUUUUUUUAUUUGGUAAAUAUUAAUUAAUUUUUUAUUAUUUUUUAGCAAAUACUUAUAGAGGCGACAUGUCGCCUCUAUAAACAAUCUAUAGCAAGGACACUUAUAGAGACGACUUGGGUGACCUAUAGGGACGGAGCUGUAGAAACAACAUGUUGUAGAGACGACAUGUCCUCUCUACAGGUUAAAAAGGCUUAUAGAGAGGACAUGUCCUCCCUACAGGCCAAAAAAAUAUCGUCCCUAUAAGAUCUUUUUCUUGUAGUGAUAUCAACUAAACUUAUAACUUGUCUGAAAAAUCCCAACAUGGAACCACUCUACGAUUAUGUUGAUUGUAUCUCUUGUAUGGAAGAAAAGAAAAAGAGUGGCAGGUUUAGCGAACCUAUGGUGUGGAUUGGGAUCUAUAUUGCAAUAGCUUCCGGUUUGUGCAUCCUUGCCAUGACGGCUGAUUUGUUGCAUGGUAUCCGAAAUAAAAAGUUUUGGUUUCCUUGCAAAUAUUCCUCUCUAAAUGCUGCCUCUAUAAUGGUCAUAACCGUUGCCAUGAAACUGCCAGUUGAUCUAAGUAGCGCGAUGCCAGCUUACGUGGACCAAGCAGCCAAGGUAGCAAGUUUGGCAUUCAUGUGCACGUUGAUGGCCAAUUUAAUGCCUUCUUUGGCAUCUAUGGAUGAGAAGACACUGUUUGCAAACAUGAUAGGUUUGUGUAUUCUCGUUAUCACCAUGAUUGUGAAUAUAAGCAUUCAGAUAAAUAAAUACUGGUGUUAUUGAUAAAAGUCCAUUCUUUGAGGUACACAAAUUAUACUUCGGAUUCCAUAUUGCUGCACACAUCAAUACGGGUAUGAUCCUCGUGUUACUAAUAAUAAUGAUUUCUUCAUCUAUAACAAUUCAAACCUCUAAGGAAGUUUUAGAAUCCAAGUAUCGAGCCACAAACAAAAUAGCUUUAACUGAUCAACGUCUACAACAUAUCCAAACGUCUACAGGUGAGAAACUAAGACAACAUGUGAGAAGGUAUUGGGUCAUGGGAGAAACUGGUAGCCCUCAAUUUGUGAUGGCUAGUAAUCCAUUAUCCACUGCUUCUGCCGUAAUUUGUGUAAUAGUUUUGGUCAUAAACUUGGUUACGGUGUUCAACACUCAGUUUCAACCUGAUGGUAUUAAGGAACAACUAUUUGAUUCUAAGAAUCUAGAUGGCACGCCAUACAAGUGGUCAAUAACUAUGAUUUUCGUCACACAGUCCGUUGGAGUCGUGGUGGGAUUGCUCCUAUAUCCAGAUGUUUUUCAGUUUUAAACUUCAAGUUGGGCACUAAAUGGAAUACGAAUUAUUUCAUGUUUUUUAAUGUAGAGAAAUAUUGGAUCCAAACAUUGCUAGAGUGGAAAAAAAGCCCUGUACUUUUUCUAUCAAGCAAUCGAAGAACAAAAAGUCUCGUCUAUAAUUCAAAAAAUAUCUUUCUAAGCUUUUUCAUUGGGUUCCAAAAGGUGAUUGUCAUUUUAUGCAAACUGAUAUGGCUCACAGUUACGAUAGUCCCGGUAUUAGCAGUCGGCUUUUUUACUACACUCACCUCAAGAACUGAUGAUAUAGAUGAAGACCUCAGCAAGUAUGUCUUACAAAUUGAUAAUGGGAAAGAGCUUGCAGAAAAAACGCUAAAGGGCAUUACAAAAUCUGUAGAUUCUUUCAUAUCCAAGGUUGAGAAGGGACAAAACAACAUUCUUUUAGAGCUUCUCGAUAAAUUUACUGAAUUCGAAGGAGUAAAAAUCUUCGACACUGAUCAAGUUCAAUCUCUGCUUCCUACUGACCUAGUUAAUAGUUGGAGCUUACCGAUAGUAACCUUGACGUGCAUCGCUGUUUCCAUCCCAAACAGUAGGGACAGAGUCGAGAGCUUGUUAAGAAGUGUUGGUGAAGGCCUUUCGUUCACCCAUCUCGUGGAAGAAAGCCUGAAUUGUUCAAGCGAAUACGUUAAUCUUCGAAAGGCCAGUAUGUCUUUAUGGCAUGAGGUUGAAUACAAAUGCAAGUGGUUGGACAAUCCUCUAGCAAAAGAUGUGUUUGAUGGGAAAGAAGCAACAGAGAUUGUUAAAUGGUUUUCAGAUAAAGCUAAAGAAAUUGUGACUGAAAUCAAAGAUAGUACUAGCGAUGGAGAACUCGUGGAGAACCCUCCUGGCAAGUUGAUUGCUGCCAAUUCAAUGUACCGAAUCACACAAACAAUCUUGCUUAGGUUCCAAAGCAACACAGAACCAAUUACUAAAAAAAGAUUGUUUUCCCAUUUAAAUGGCAUGAUUGCGGACAUAUUUUGUGCUUGCUUCACCAACCUACCGCGAGUCAUAACAAUGAGAUGCCAUGAAAGUGUGAUAGAGAAAAGAGAGGCAAGUGUGAGGGUUGCAGCAAAGCUUCUUGGCAAGACUACCAAGAUAAUAGAAAAACUCGAGGAAUGUGAUAAAGUACCAAGUAUGGAUGAUGACACGAUGGCGUAUAUCGAUGAGUGGCGUCUUUAUAUGAAGCAAUCGAUUCCAUAAGGUCAAAGUAUUGAGCAGGCAGACAGAUUGUCCAUCUUGGCGACUAAUUCUCAUUGAAUUUUGUAUUUUUAUUUCUUUUCCUUUUAAUUUUGUUUUUUCAAGUGUAUGAAAUUUCUAAUGUCUUUCAUGUAACUCUGGAUGUUUAGUAUAUUUAAUUUGCCAAAUUUAUUUCCCCUA